CUCUAAUUUUCUCAUCCUUUUGUCAUUAAUUCCACCAGCGUGAGAUAUCAAACGCCUAUUGGAAUAAAAAGUACAUAGAGGUUCGUAAACAAAAACAAUAUCACGUGCAAUGCCCUUAGCAGAACCUCUCUCUCUCUCUCUCUCAUAUUUUCCUUCCUUCCUCCUCCAUAUAAGCAAUCCCUCGCCCUCGCUAACCUGUUAAGUUAUUCCACUCGAUCGAUAACCAUGCGAGCUUCUAGCCGGUUCAAGUCGGUCUUUCUCGAGCAAAUGCUAAUGGGCUUCCAACUAUCUGGCUUUCCAUGCAGGACCAUGAGUCUCCGAGCGAGAAUGGACGCCAUCAAGCUCUCGGCCGACGUCGCCAUGGCCGUCGCAAGAGGCAGCAGGAGAUGGACACAUGGCCUCAUCGCACAUCUGUCCAAGAAAGAAGACAACAAGUCCUUUCUCAAGUGUAUCCUCGGGAAGCAGUAUGAGAGGCUAACCAUGCCGUGUUGUAGCUCGUGGAAGAUCCAAAGAUGCAAGACGAUCUUGCGAAGGAGCUUCAGAGAGCGUUUCGGGAAGCAGAAGCCUGCGCAGGCAUGUACUCUCGCGAGGAGUUUGGUGAAGAAGAGGGCGCAAGUACUCAAACGACUCGUGCCAGGCGGCAAGGCCAUGGACGGCUACUCCUUGUUGGAUGAAACGAUGGACUACGUCGUCUGUCUUCAAGCUCAGGUUGAUCUCAUGCGGCACCUUCUCGGAGCCUUCGAAGCCUCGAAGCUCAGAGCUCAGACCAAAGGCACGUCGUCGCAAGGAAGAAAAGGUAUGAAGGAUGAGACAGAUGGGAACAAGAAAGAUCUCAUCGAGCUGUGCAUGCAUCUGUCAGACAACGCAUAGGAAGUGUGUUCAUUUCUCUGAGGAUUAAUUACUCUCUAAGUGAAGGUCAAAACUGCUGAAGGAGGUCGUGUAUGAAUGAAUACUCUUCUUCAUGUCCAAGUCCGAGAGGCUUUAGUCUUUACCUACUGGUAAUGUCAAUGUGACCCACCCAACUAUUGGAAUUGUGAGGAUUAAAUGAUUAUUAAUGGGUGCACGCGCAAACCAGAUAUGAAGGCCCAUAUGGCCGAGAUCACUUCCACCGUGUUGCCCUUUAAGAUUCCCCCCACCCCCCCCCCCCCACACACAUUUUUUUUAACCUUUCAUUUUGAAGCCAAGAAAGAAAACCUUUAAGAUCCCCACACACACAUUUUUUUUCCCCUUUCAUUUCUAGCUUGGAAAGAAUCAUUUUGAAGCCAAGAAAAAAAAAAGAGCAUGCUUCUUCAUUUAUAAAAACCUGAAAUUUUGUUUAGGAAAUCACUCUGAAUUUUAAAUUUUAUGGUGACAA